UAAUUAAAGUUCUCCGUACUUGGGAAUGGGGAAAAGAAUUAAUAGGAAUUUACCGAAUGAUAUGAGGAUUUAAUGGAGGAAAAUCAACCUUUUUUUCUAUGUUCAGCUUCAUCUUUGUAUGCUCCGUAAUGAUUUUUCGAUCAAACCACUGUAAUUAAGUUACGAGCUUUUUAGAUGUUUGAUCUCCAUAGCUCCUGAAGCGUCGGUUAUUGAGAAGGACGAGGAGGAAGACGACCCAGUGCAUUUACUUUUUUGUCUCUACCCAACAAAAGUAACGGACGUUUGCUCCCUCCGUUAACUUUCUGCGCUAAUCCAUACACUCAAUCGAGUUUCAGUCCCUGAAAUUCGGGAACUGCUUCUUCUUCUUCUUCCUCUCCAUCUAUAAUCAUUAGGCGCUUCUCCUGCGAUUCCAAGACAAAACCCAGGUCUCUCUCCGUGCCCUUUCGUCUAGUUCAUGGAGAGACGAGAGUAAUUACAUAGAGGCAGGUUCUUCUUCUUUCUUCUUAUAUGUGGCUCUAAGACUGUUUUCAGAAGCGAAAAUUACUCGCACAGGAGCUCGUCGAGGUCUGAUGGAGAAACCCAUCGGUGGAAAAUGCUGCAACAGUCAUGUCUGGUCUGUUGUUCUUGUCUCUUUUGUCCUCUGUUUAAUCUUGCUCUGCUUUGAUUACUCAGCUUUAACUGGUGAUAACAAUGGAGUCCCGUUCUCAGAUACCAGUUAUGAAAAAUCCCUCAAUACCCAGAAUUCUUUUACUCAUAAUCUCACUAAAAAUUCCUCUAUUCACACCAUCUCCGAGUUACCAAAAAACCAAAAUAACGUGGAUGACUGCUUCGGUAGAUAUAUCUACAUUCAUGACCUCCCCAGCCGUUUCAAUGGCGAUUUGCUCAAUAACUGCAGGUUACUCACCAGAGGAACUGAUAAGAACAUGUGUCCAUACUUGGUCAACACCGGUCUAGGUCCUAAAAUCGAAGACACCCAGAUGGUAUUAUUGAACGAUAGUUGGUUUUUAACAAAUCAGUUUCUGUUAGAAGUAAUUUUUCACAAGAAGAUGAAAAAUUACGAGUGCCUGACGAAAAAUUCUUCACUCGCGUCCGCCAUUUUUGUACCGUUUUAUGCUGGGCUCGACAUGAGCAGAUUCCUUUGGGGUUUCAACAUUUCAGUGCGAGAUUCCUCCGCGCGAGAUCUCGUCGGCUGGCUUGCAAAGCGGCCGGAGUGGAAAACAAUGUGGGGAAGAGACCAUUUCUUGAUAGGAGGAAGAAUAGCUUGGGAUUUCAGAAGACAAACAGAUAAUGAAUCUGAUUGGGGAAGCAAGCUCAGAUUCUUGCCUGAAUCACUAAACAUGUCGAUGUUAUCAAUUGAAUCUAGUUCUUGGAAUAACGACUAUGCAAUUCCAUAUCCAACCUGCUUCCAUCCUUCCAAAGAUUCGGAAAUUUCAGAGUGGCAGCAGCGAAUGAGAACCUUUUCCCGGCGGUUUCUCUUCUCUUUCGCCGGCGCUCCGAGGCCGGAGUACCGGGAUUCCAUCCGAGGAAGAAUCAUAGACCAGUGCCUCGCGGCUAAAAAUCACUGCAAGCUUCUCGAUUGCAACUACGGCGCCACAAACUGCGACAACCCAGUUAAUGUAAUGAAGGUUUUUCAAAGCUCUGUUUUCUGCUUACAGCCUCCCGGAGAUUCCUACACCAGAAGGUCCAUUUUUGACUCGAUUCUCGCCGGAUGCAUCCCUGUUUUCUUCCAUCCCGGCACGGCUUACGCUCAAUACAAAUGGCAUUUGCCCAAGAAUCAUACGAAAUACUCGGUUUACAUCCCGGUAAGGAGCAUAAACGAUUGGAAAAUCGACAUUACUGAGACCUUGCUUGGAAUUUCGGAGGAGAGAUUGGUGGGUCUGAGAGAGGAGGUUAUAAAGCUUAUUCCGGGAAUAGUUUACGCCAGGUCGAGAUUGGAAAAGUUUGAAGAUGCAUUUGAUUUGGCGGUGAAGGGAAUAUUAGAGAGAAUUGAGAUGGUUAGAGGAGUAAUCAGAGAGGGAAAGGAUCCAAGUGUUGGUUUUGCUGAUGGAGAUGAUUAUAAGUAUACAUUUUCUCUUUAUGAAGAAGAUGAAGUAUGAAAUUAGGGUUGUAUCAGUUGAUAAACAUAUCAGUAUACAUACAGUAUUAUAUCUAUCUUCUUUUGCAGACCUGCCAAUACUCUUUAUCACCCAGUUUUCCGUUCUGUGAGAUUGAAUGAUAUAUUCUGGCAUCGUCGAUUACAUGUGCAAA